AUGCCUUCGGGAGAAACAAAGAGAGCGCAGAUUUCUGCCAGCAGUGCACAUGGCUCGGAUGAAGAGUGGCAAAAGAGCAAAAUAUACAAAACCGAAGGCAAAUUCGAGGCUAGGGAGGGCCAUCACUUCUACCGGCCCAUAGAUAGCUAUGAGGGACUCCAUCGUUGGGAUCCUAAUUUCCAAUGGACGGAACAAGAAGAGAAGAAAGUUGUCAGGACGGUCAGUUCCCUGUGCGCUGUCACGACUCGAUAG